UCUGUAGUGAAUUACACAAUGGUUCAUCCGAAACUCUCAAGUUGACGUCCUCUCAAAUGACUCAUGACGUCAAAAUAUAAUAAAGGAUUUUUUCUAUCGAUUGUAUGAAAAAAUCAUAAUGUAUUCUUUUCUGUUGCUUAGAAAAAUUUGUUCUUUGCUUCACAUUUUUGAAGCGUUACAUUUUGGAUGCCAUACAAAUGUUGCCUUAGUGAGGGCACAAGGUCUCUUUCCAAAACUGGAAAAUUUUGCAGCAUUUAAGCCCAUCUUCACAGAGCCAUUCAAUGCCACAUGCGGCUUUCCGCAGAGAAGUGUUUUUUGUCAAAGCGAAUCGAAUGAGCAAAGCCUGCAGACUUGUACCCAGCGAUUUUGUAUUCAAGAUUGCCCGUAUAGAUCCUACACUCCGAGCUAUCAUCAUCUUCUUGAAGGAGACCUUGGUUCUUGUGUCAGAAAAGAUGUGAAAGACUUACAUCCAAAAUCCAGCAAAGAUUCGUACAGCUUCAUCUUUUACGAUCACGAAGAUUGCUUUAUAACAACAACAAUGGCAAAAGUUGGAAGUUCUUUUACGCUGACUGUGUGGCUGAAACCUGAGGAAGCCAGUGAAAUGUGUGUGAUAGAAAAGUCCGCUGAUGGGCAGAUUGUGUUCAAACUCACAAUCUCGGAGAGAGAAACCGUGUUUUAUUAUCGCACUGUAAAUGGUUUGCAGCCGCCUAUAAAAGUAAUGACACAAGGGAGAUUUUCUGUGAAGAGAUGGAUUCAUCUUAGUGUGCAGGUGCAUUACACCAGAAUAAGUUUCUUCAUUGAUGGACCACAAGAAGAUUUAACAGCAUUUGAUUCAAGAAUACUGACUGAUCCAGUUUAUGACAAUGCUGCGGAGAGUUAUAUACGGCUUGGGCAAAAUGUGAAGGGUAUGGAACAAUUUAUUGGAAGAAUCCAAGACUUUCGGCUAUAUUCUGUGGCUCUUACAAACAGAGAAAUCUCAGAAAUAUUUUCUGGAAAUUUCCCUCAGAUGGUCAUUCAGCCAGAAUGCCGGUGUCCCAGCAGCCACCCACGUUUGAAGCCCAUGUCUGGGAGGUAUUGUUUUCCAAAUGGAGUGGACAACUCAACCAAGGAUAAAGUACUGAGGCUUAAUCCAGACGCUCAUCCUGUGCCUUACAUGAAUGAUAAUGAUCUGAACACAACAUGGAUUUCUUCUUUACUAUCGCCAUCAGACAUUGACAAAGGCAUUAAGUUCAUUGUGGAUUUGGACAAUGGACAAUAUCAGAUAUUUUACAUUACUUUGUGGUUCUAUAGCCCAUUGCCUAAAGCAUUCAGAAUACAGAGGAAGAAGCAUAGUAGCUUGUUCUGGGAAGAUUGGCAAUAUCUUGCCAGGGAUUGUCAAGAUUUCAGCAUGGAGAACAAUGGCUUUUUACAAUAUCCUGAUUCUGUCAAUUGUCUCCAGCUCCCCAGGGAUACCCCUUAUUCACAUGGAAACCUGACCCUGAGUCUCCUCACCCCAGAACCAAACCAACGACCCGGUUACAAAGACUUUCACAGCACCACUGAACUUCAAGAGUUUGUGAAAGCAUGCCAAGUGAGGAUCCAGCUGAUUGGUCAGUAUUAUACAACAGGGACUGAGAAGGCUCCUGGCAGCUUACGACAUCGGUAUUACGGAAUAGGUGAAAUCACCAUUAGCGGAAGGUGUGAUUGCCAUGGACAUGCUAGCGCUUGUGAUACAACUGUUUCACCAUACAAGUGUCUCUGUAGUGUCAACAGUUACACCGAUGGGAACAAUUGUGAUCGCUGCCUGCCACUUUUCAACGACAAACCGUUUCGUCAAGGUGACCAUGUGAAUGCAUUCAACUGCAGGCCAUGCCAGUGUUACAACCAUUCAUCCAGUUGUCAUUAUGAUGCUACUGCUGACCCUUACCCCCAUGACCAUGGACGAGGGGGAGGGGGAGUGUGUGAAAACUGCUUGCACAAUACUACAGGAAGAAACUGUGAAGUCUGCAAGGAUGACUUUUUCCAGCAAUUUGAUGCCGACCCCACUGCCACUGACGUUUGCCAGCCUUGCAACUGUAACGAGGAAGGCGCUGUUAACAAAAGUCAGGACUGUGAAAAGGUUGGAGGCCAGUGCAGCUGCAAAGUCAAUGUCUGGAGUAGACAAUGUGACCAGUGCAAAGAUGGCUUCUAUAACCUACACGAGUCAAAUCCACAUGGCUGUCAACCCUGCCGCUGCAACACAGCUGGAACACUCAGUGGAAGUAAUAACUGUCACCAAACUACUGGACAGUGCAGAUGCAAACCAAACUUUAUUGGUCCUCUGUGCGAUCGCUGCAAACUGGGCUACAAACAAGACAUAUUAGGACAAGAGAGCUGUACACAAUGCAUGUGCAAUUCUUAUGGCUCCAUCAAUCAAUUCUGCAAUCCCACCAGCGGACAAUGUAAAUGCAGAGAGAAUGUCAGCGGACUCCGCUGUGACACCUGUAUUGACAACUAUUAUGGGUUGUCUGCUGAUGGUUGUAAACCCUGCAAGUGUCACACGGAAGGGAUUAUCCCUGGAACAGUUUGUGACGCUAUGACAGGACAAUGUGUCUGUCAGCCUAAUGUUGGAGGAAGGCAGUGCAAUGAUUGCCGGCAUGGCUACUACAAAUCCACACAAAAUGGCUCCAUGUCUUGCCUGCCCUGCCAGUGUGAUGGAUCUGGCACCAUAAAUGGCUCACAGGCCUGUGAUAAGUUAACCGGACAGUGUUUGUGUAAGGCUGCUGUAACAGGGCCACGCUGCAAUGUUUGCGUGAGCCAUACCUACAAUCUAUCCGCUGUGAAUCUUCUGGGCUGUCAGAACUGUGACUGUGACCCUAUUGGAACUUUGCCAGGUUCAAGCUGUGACCCAAUCGAUGGUCAGUGCCAGUGCUUGCCAGAUUUUCAAGACAGAAGAUGUAGCAGAUGUAAGCCUGGUCUUUAUUCCUUCGGUGAUUGGGGCACAGGGUGUGUGCCAUGCCUAUGCCACCCCAGAGGAUCAGUUAGUGCAACCUGCAAUGAUAUAAAUGGUCAGUGCAAGUGCGGGGAUUCCUCGGUAUCUGGGAUGAAAUGUGAUCAGUGCAGUGACUCCUUCUAUGGAUUUCAUCAGGACACAGGAAGGUGUCAGCCAUGCUCAUGCAAUACAGCCGGGACGGUUAAUGGUAGCUGCCACUCUAUAAGUGGUCAGUGUUUCUGCAAACAGUUUGUAAGAGGCAUCACUUGUGAUGAAUGUAUAGAAGGUGCAAGCAGCCUGGAUGUGAAUAACCUAUAUGGAUGCAGUGCAACUCCAUCUCAGCAGCCUCCACCUAGAGGCCAAAUCCUUAACAGCACCACAAUUAUUCUUACAUGGAAUCCACCAGAUUCACCCAACAGCAAUCACAUUUACUAUGUUCUUUAUAGAGAUGAUCUGGAGAUCUAUCAGACUGCUGACUAUUAUCCAUAUACCACCCAAGAUUACACAUUACCACAGUUAUUCAAAUAUGAAUUUUACAUGGAAAUAAGGAGGCUUAAGUAUCUCCUUUUGCUAAUUUCUGAAAUUCAUCCUAUCCAUCCUAAGCCUAUCCAACCCACCUUUAUGAAGUCUGUUUAUAUUUUUGUCUUUGUGCUAGGUCCACAGAGCUACACGGAUGGAUAUUUGUUGCCUUAUACCACAUACACAUAUUAUGUUGAGGCUAGGAACGUGCACGGUACUAUCCGCAGUGCCAUGGUCGUGUUUCGGACAAGAGCUGGCGCACCAUCUGGUGACAUAGACUUGGGCCUUAGUUCCCCUGUGGGCCAGUACUUUGUCUCUCUAAAUUGGACAAUUUCCACAGAUGACUCUGGGCCUAUCGACAUCUUCAGACUGAUGUACACUUCAACAGGUUCUCCUGAUGUUACUAUUGCCUACCAAGGACUUGACACCAAGGCGACAGUACAUAAUUUAACACCCUUCACCAGAUACAAUUUUUCAGUUCAAGCAUGUAAUUCCGAAGGAUGUCUACAAAGUCCACUGCUUACAUUGGUAACAGCUCAAGCACCACCUGUUGGUCAGACACCACCAGUUAUCAAAAAUUCAAGCUCGACAGAUCUUAAUUUACAGUGGUCACCACCACUGCAACCAAACGGCAUUAUAAUAAGGCAUGAACUAUACAUGAGGCGCAUACACCAGACUGUGGAGAGGCGUGUCUUCCAUGCCAGUGGGUGGCUGAACCCUCAGCCAUUGGUGGAAUCUGAAAAUGAGAAUGCGUUGCAACCACCAGUUACCAGCGCCGUAAUCACUAACCUGGAGCCAAACAAAGAAUAUGAGUUUUGUCUUGUCACCACUAACAUGGCUGGCAGUGCUGCCUCUGAAUGGGUAACACUUAAAACAGAAGAGUCUGAGCCUAUUUUCAUGGCACCCCCCACUGUGGUUCCCCUGUCAUCACACUCUAUAAACGUAUCAUGGGAGAGACCUUCUAAUGAUGUAACCAGAGGGGAAGUCACCGGCUAUACAGUUAACCUGCUGUCCAACCUGGUGGAUGCAUUAGAUGUGGGAAGAGCUUCAUCAGAGGUGAUCUAUGUUGCUGAGAGUGAUGAAUUUUUUAAUGAAGUGUCAGGGCUGGAGCCUUAUAUGGAAUACAUCUUUACUGUAACACUGUGCAAUAAGGUGGGAUGUGUGACCAGUGAACCUGAAUUUGGGAAGACUUUGGCAGCAGCACCAGAAGACAUACACCCACCACUGGUAGAGGGGAUCAAUAGCACUUCCAUGAGGAUUGCAUGGUCAGCACCUGUAAAGCUUAAUGGACCUUCACCAUACUACCAGCUGGAGAGAACAGAGCCAUCGCUGACCAUAGAAGGUAACAUGGACUAUAUCAAGGGGACUCACUUUCCAGGCCAUGGCUACUACAAAUUCCCAGCAUCCACCCUGCCUGCAAACACAUAUUUCACAGGUAUUAAAAUACAAUUCAGGACGAAGGAAGCGGACGGUUUGCUGGCGUGUGCUGUGUCAGCGGGAACUCAGGAAGAAUACGUUGUGCUCCAAAUAAGACGAGGGCGCCUUUACUUCCUUUUUGAUCCACAGAACUCAGCAGUGGCUGUAACACCCAGGAACAAUGGCAAUAAAGUCUACAGUGACAACAAAUGGCAUGAGGUUAUUGUCAGAAGGAGCCAAAACACGGGGUACAUCAUUGUGGAUGGAAAGUAUACAGGCUUUGGCUCCUCAUCUGGUGCUGGCACAGUGAUUGGUGAUAACACUGGUGUAUAUAUUGGAGGACUCCCAAGGCACUUUUCAAUAGAAAGAGAUGACACAGGUGACACUGAAAUUGUUCGGAAGAGUUUUGUUGGUUGCCUUGGUGACAUCUAUAUACAGAGCCGUGACAGCUCUACAGAAGAAUGGGACCUGCUGGACUGGGAUAUGGCAGAAGAAAGACACAAUGUCUAUGAGAAGUGGGAAGGAUGUCCAGAGACUUCAGAUGAUGGAGCACAUUUCCUUGGCUUUGGCUUCCUGGAACUUUAUCCCAUUGUAUUUCCUGGCGGUCCAGAUAUUGAAAUAUCUUUCAUGUUUAAAACUGACCAGCUGAGAGGACUUCUGCUUUUCAUGUAUGACAAGGACGGGCCGGACUAUAUCAUGGUUGAAUUAAACAAUGGGAUUGUAACCUUACAAUUUAAAACAAAGUUGUCCCUGACACAAGUGAACUUGUGGGCUGGACUCUCUUAUUGUGAUGGCAGAUGGAACACAAUGUACAUAAGGAGAGAAGGCUCUGUAUUUUCUGUCCAGCUCAAUGCCUUGGUAGAGCGGGUCAUUGACUCUGCAGCCUCACAGAUUGAAGCCAUCUCUGCAGUGUAUAUCGGCGGAGUCCCAGAGACGAUGGGGAGCUCAUUUCCAGAACUUCAUAGUCACCGAGGUUUUGGUGGCUGCAUGAAAGAUAUCCGAUUUACACACGGUGUUGUUGUUAACAUUGCAUCUGUGUCCAGCACCGCUGUCAGAGUCGAUCUGGAUGGCUGCCCAUCAACUGACAGCUCCGUUAACUGCAGAGGGAAUGACUCCAUCAUAGUCUAUAGAGGGGGAGAGGAAACAGCUCGUGAUCACAGCCUGCAACCCUUCAAAGAAUACUUGUACAGGGUGAUUGCAUACAAUGAAGGAGGAUCCGGAGCUAGCGAUUGGAUCAGAGGUCGCUCUAAAGCUGCAUUUCCAGUGAAUGGGCAAGCUCCCCUAAGAGUUCUCAGUGUAAGCGGACGCAGCGUUGAGGUGACCUGGGACAGUCCAGCUGGGAUCAGAGGAGUAAUUGAGCGCUACAUUUUGAAAGCAAUUCCGGAGAACAAUCCUAAUAUAUCUACAGCAAGUGCUCAGUUUCCCGAUACCAGCCACCUCAUUGGAACCCUAACAGGCUUGCUGCCCUUUACAAAGUACGCAGUAACAUUAUCCGCAUGCACUUUAGCCGGCUGCAGCGUGAUCUCCCAUGUUGUGAACGUCACCACUCGGGAAGAAGCUCCAGAAGGUGUUCAGCCACCUACGUCAAUGUCAUCUUCUAACUCAUUACUUGUGCGGUGGUUGCCCCCUAAACAACCAAACGGGGGUAUAAACACAUAUGUAUUAUACAUGGAUGGAACCCAAGUUUACAUCGGAGACAAGACAGAAUAUAACAUUACUGGAUUGGGAACGUUUGCAGCACAUCGGUUUGUGGUCGGCGCUUGCACACUUGUUGGUUGCACAAACAGUUCUGAAGUCACCUUGCUGACGGCUCAGCUACCACCGCAGCACGUGCCUCUUCCUGGAGUGACAGUUGUGGAUUCUACAAGUAUAUAUGUUAAGUGGAAGGAACCUGAAAUAAUCAAUGGAGUUCUUGAACGGUACUUGUUGUAUAUCACCAAAGAUGUGACCAAUUCAAGUGUGUGGGAUUCUGUGUACAACAGCACUGAGCUUUUUCAGGAUUAUACCAUCCAGGGACUAAUUCCAGGAACCACCUAUUUCUUGAAACUGUCCGCUUGCUCCGGAGGAGGAUGUACAUCAAGUGGUAUCACUGAGGCUUCUACAGAAGAGAGAGUACCUGAUGGUCUUCAGUCUCUAACAGUCCAAUCACUUUCUCCAGAUUCCUUCAAUAUCACUUGGUCUAAGCCAAAGCACCCAAAUGGUGUAAUAACAUCUUACGGAUUAUACAUGGAUGGAAUCUUAAUGCAGAAUUCUUCACGUCUAAGUUAUUUUGUGGACGGCCUGACUCCCUGGAGUAAGCAUUCCUUUAGGCUUCAGGCUUGUACUGCAAAAGGCUGUGCCUUAGGUGAAAAGAUUGAAGCCUACACUCAAGAAACCAGGCCAGAUGGAACUGUUGUACUCCAUUCAACCAUCAACAGUCCAAGAAGUGUUCUGGUGACAUGGACAGGGCCUGAAAAGCACAAUGGUCACAUGACCUAUGACAUCGUCUUUAGUGGCUUGUUCUAUGAAAAAGAAGGUGACACAAUUUACAAUGUUACCAGCUCUAGGAGGAGAUUGCAUCAAAGUCAAGGAAAUAAUAAGUGGGCGUCCAUUGAUGAUCUAGUUCCAUUUUCCAGCUAUAGCAUCUUUGUGAAUGCUUCUAAUAGCCAAGGCUAUGUGACCAGUGACCCUGUCAUCAUUAACAUGCCUCCUGGAGCUCCAGAUGGCGUACUGCCUCCAAGGCUUUCAUCUGCCAACCCGACCAGUCUUCAGGUUGUGUGGCCUACACCAGUUCGUAAUAACGCUCCUGGCUUGCCUAGCUAUCGGCUCCAGAUGAGAUCCACAAAUCCCAACAAAAUCAUAGAUCUCUUUUCGGGCCCUAGUGCUUCCUUAACCUACACCAUUAAGGAUCUUCAGCCGUAUACAACAUAUGAGUUAAGGAUUGUUGCCUCCAAUAUAUAUGGUGACACCUACAGCAGAUGGGUCAAUAUGUCAACCGAACAAGACAAACCAGGACCUAUGAAUCCGCCAGUUCUCUCCCAUUUAGAAUCAAGAUCUAUAACAGUCACAUGGCCGGCCCCAUCAGAACUCAAUGGAAUUAUUACCCAUUAUAACAUUUACCAAAAUGGAAGCCUGCAGGCAGUCGUCCCUGGAAACCGCUCACGGCACAUAAUUCAAAAUGUAACCCCGUUCACAGCUUAUCGCUAUCAGCUGGAAGCAUGCACCUCUGCUGGGUGUUCAAUGUCCCAGGAGUCACUGGGGGUGAUGACUCCACCAGAUGCACCAAGUGAAAUUCCACCACUCAAUCUCCAUUCUGAUACGCCUACCUCUGUAAUGAUCCGCUGGAGGCCUCCUCUUCAUCCCAACGGUUUAGUUGAAAAUGUUAGGAUUGAAAGAAGAUUAAAGGGUACAGAUCAUGUAUAUACCCUGGUAACAGUACCUGGACAUCACACAAUGCUCUACCAGGAUACAACUAAGGGCAUUAGCCCAUGGAAAACCUAUGAAUAUAGGGUUAUCAUGACCACGUUUAAUGGGGGAAGCAACAGCAGUGAAUGGGCAGAAGUCACAACGAGACCUGCACGCCCUGUGGGUGUGCAACCACCAGAAGUAACUGUGUUGGGUCCAUAUAUUGCAAAGAUCACAUGGAAUGUUCCACUUUUACCAAAUGGAGAAAUAUUACGUUAUGAAAUCCGCAUGCCAGAACCUCAAGUUGUCAUCACUGACACUGCACUGUUAAGCUACACAAUGACGAAUCUCAUCCCUUACACUAACUAUUCUGUAACGAUAGUGGCCUGCUCCGGAGGAGGCCUAUAUGUCGGAGGAUGUACGGAAAGUCAGCCUACAUUGGUUACCACUCAGCCGGCACCUCCAGAGGGUGUAGGCCCUCUCUCUGUAGUCCCUGUUGGUGAGACAUUCAUUGCAGUUUCCUGGCAACCUCCGUCAAGGCCUAAUGGACCAGAUGUAAGAUUUGAACUCUUGAGACGCACAAUCCUGCAACCACUUGCAUCAAAUCCCCCUAAAGAUUUAAAUCUGUGGCAGAAUAUUUACUCAGGAACUCGGUGGUUCUAUGAAGAUAAGGGUCUUAGCAGGUACACGUCUUAUGAAUACAGGCUUAUUGUACAUAAUGUGGUAGGAUAUGCGUUCGGAUCUGACGUAAUUGGGAUGACCCUUCCUGGUCCUCCUAUAAGGGGAAGUCAUUUUACCACUCAGGCUGUUAACCAUACCGCCAUAGAAGCAUCAUGGAGCCAACCCACUGUACAAGAUUUACAAGGUGAUGUCGAUCAUUACACACUGAUACUGAGCUCGCCCAGGUAUAACAAGACGCUAACGUUCCCGGCAGAUGUGAAGAACGUGGUAAUUGGCGGCCUGUACCCGCACACUAAGCAUCAGCUCUAUCUGGAAGUCUCCAAUGGACUCCAUAGUAUAAGCAGCGUCUGGGUGCACGUGACAACCCCGGACGGAGUGCCUGAAGGCAUGCUCCCUCCAGAGGUUGUGGCAAUCAACAGUACAGCUGUACAAAUCAUCUGGACACCCCCUUUAAAUCCAAAUGGCAUUGUCACAGAAUAUUCCAUCUAUGUGAAUGAUAAAGCCUACAGGACGGACAAGAAUACACCCCAUCCUUUCAUAGUGGACAAUCUGGCUCCAUAUAUCGUCUACGCCAUACAGGUUGAAGUUUGCACCCUGUAUGCAUGUAUGAAGAGCAAUGCUACCCAAGUAACCACUUUAGAGAGAAGACCAAGCAAAAUUCCAUCACCAGGCAUACAACUUAUCAGCUCCAGAUCAGUGGAGAUCAGUUGGGUUUCACCGGAGGAGCCUAAUGGAAUUAUUCUUGGAUAUGAGCUUAGAAGAAAAUUCUUGUAUCCCUGUAGGGGACAGAACCUAACAAGGGGUGGGAAUGAUGUAUCGUGGAUGCCUAUUAAGUGUAAGAAAGGUGAAGACAUAUGUGGAGGAACGUGCCACAACCACCACAAACAGGUAUGCUGCAGUGGAGUUUUGCAUGGAAGAAAAGAUGGCUAUCACUGCUGUGAAGGUGAUUACAUUGCCAUUGAAGGCAAUUCCUCCAGGAUUUGCUGUGCUGGUCAGGUUCAUGCUGUUCAGCCUGACCACCAGUGCUGCGGAAGAUACUACACCAGGGCUAAGAAAGGAGAGGUCUGCUGCUAUGAUGGCAUUCACAAUGAAGUGUCGAUUGGUGAAGGAGAUUCUUGCUGUGGUGGGUAUCCAUAUUCAGUGUCUGGGUCCCAGAUGUGCUGUGGAGAGAUCUUCUAUGAUGGCUACAACCAGCAGUGCUGUGGAGGAAAAACUGUGCCCCAAAACUCCAUCUGCUGUGGUGACAAGGAGACAGGAUCGAUCUACAGGCAAUCCAGAGGUCUGUCUUGCUGUGGCACCGACUACGUGAACAUGUCAGAGACCAUUUGCUGUGCAGCAUCUAAUGGACAAUUUAAGGCACAUCUAAAGUCAAAUAAUGGGACACCAUUAAACUGCUGUGAAAGUGAGCUGAUUACUGAAGAGGGGGAAUGCUGUAGUGGAAUUGGAUAUAAUCCACUGACUCAUGUUUGUUCUGGCAAGCCAUUGACAGAAAAGUUUACCAAGGGGAAAAUGUCCUACAUGGGUACUUUGUGUCCUGCAUCCUUGGCUUCUACUGCGCAUUGUGGACAGUGCAACUUUAAUUCCUCUACUGACUCCUGCUUCUGGGUGAAAUUGAGUAAAUUUAAAAAUGGCAGCCUGAUGGAUGGAGACUCGGUUUGCCGAACAGAUGAAGACAUUAUUUACCUGGGGGACGCACACACCUAUGUGUUUAUUGAUACCAGUUUACAUCCUUUCUCCACUUAUGAAUAUCAAGUAUUGAGCUGGAACAGCGCUGGUCAUGGUUUUAGCAAUGUGAGCCAAGUGACAACCGAUCAGGACAUACCUCAGGGAAUACAUCCACCAAAAUGGAGCUUAGUCGGCAAUCGUGAAGAUGUGAUUUCUCUGGCGUGGGAGGAACCCACCAAUCUAAACGGGAUUGUUCAUUAUGUACUCCUGAGGGAUGGAACAGAGCGCUAUAGGGGAACAGGAGAAAACUUUCAAGACCGUGGAGGGUUACAACCCUUUAUAGAGUAUACUUACCAGAUUCAAGCCUGCACUAUUGCUGGAUGCCUAGAUAGUGCUAAGGUAGUUGCAACCACAAAACAAGGAGUUUCUGAAGAUGUCCUGCCACCUAUUGUUACCACAGUGAACUCUACAGCUCUACAUGUCAGCUGGACGGAGCCAAGAAAAACAAAUGGUGAGAUUAGAGAGUACCAGCUACACAAGGUGGACAGAGGACUCAUCUAUGCCAGCUUCUCAGGGAGAAAACAAUAUACAGUAACAGGACUUGAACCAUAUACAAAAUAUUUCUUCUUCCUUGUCACCUGUACCUCAUUUGGAUGCAGUAACAGCGAGGUGUCUGCAGGUCAGACGUCACAAGCCGCUCCUCAAGGAGUGUGGUUGAAUCCCUACCACAUCACAAUCAAUUCAUCAGCCCUGGAACUAUAUUGGAGGGAACCGGAGAGGCCCAAUGGGAUGGUUUCUCAGUAUAGACUAAUACGGGAUGGUACAGUCAUUUCCACAAGAAGUGGGGAAUAUCUGAAUUUCACCGAUUCUGGCCUGAAGCCCAACAGCAGGUACACAUACCAGCUGGAAGCCAGAACAGAAGCAGGAGGCUCCAUCAGUGAUCUCUAUGUUGUAAAAACUCCCAUGCACACCCCGGACCAAAUUCCUAUUCCAUACAAUAUCACUGUGCUCGGGCCACGAUCAAUCUUUGUGGCGUGGGAUCUUCCAGGUCUCUAUGAUCCCAAUAUUCCUUUGGAGUUUAACAUUUUGCUGAGUACUGGAGGAGGCGCUGGUCAGCUUAACCCUGCCGGAGAGAAACUCUUUCUUAUUCUGGAGGACCUUAUCCCGGGAACAUCACUUUCCAUCCGACUACAAGCUUGUCAGAACGGUAGUUGCGGUGUUAGUCAUCCAGUACUUGUAGAAACUAUGGAGGCAGAGCCCAAGGGUCUCAAUCCCCCCAUGUUGGUUUCAAAUGGAGAAAAAGCUGUGAAGAUUGCAUGGACUGUGCCUAAAACACCUAAUGGGAUUAUAACUGAAUACACCAUCCACAGACGUCUUGCUGGCCAACCAGGAAAUACCACGUUGCUUACAUUGCUGGGAGGAGUCUUGGACUAUACAGACAUUUCUGAUGAAUUGCAGCCAUACACAACAUAUGAAUACUGCGUCACUGCACAAAAUAGUGUGGGUUCUGUAGCAAGCCCUUGGUCUUUAAUUCGUACACUGGAAGCUGCCCCCGAAGCCAUUCAACCACCCAAUGCAAAAGCCACAAGUGCUUAUUCUUUGUUUCUUAGUUGGGCCGCUCCUUCAAUACCCCAUGGUAUUAUAGUGAAGUAUGUAAUCAUUUAUGGUCCUGGUACAAAUGAUCCAACUCCUACCAAAGCCACUGAUACAACGCUGACAGUACCGGGAACAUCAUAUGAAGCUAAAGUAUUUGGUCUGCUUCCUUAUACAACAUAUCACAUACGUAUUGAGGCUGCCAACAGUGCCGGGAGUGUGUCCAGUGGAUGGACAUCUGUACAGACCUGGGAAUCUCCACCAAGCGGAUUGAAUAACAUCUCCGUAGAGAAGAAAGAAAGUGGCCGGGCAUUGCUGCUACAGUGGUCAGCACCUGAGAGAACCAACGGCAUACUGCUGAUGUACAACAUCUAUAGUGAUGAUAACCUGGAAUACAGUGGCCUGGCUCAGCAGUUUUUAUUUCGUCGUCUUGAACCUUUCACAGUCUAUUACUUGGUACUUGAAGCUUGUACUUCCGCUGGCUGCACCCGAACAUUUCCUCAACGUAUCCAAACAGAAGAAGCUUCUCCGUCCUCUUUGCUUCCCCCUAAUAUCCUAUCCCUUAACGCCAGCCACAUCACACUCUCUUGGUCAAAUCCGACCCAACCAAAUGGGCAAAUGAUUCGCUAUGAAGUAAUUAAAAGGUGCACUCAAGAGAACUCUCCGGACAACAAGAAAAAAAUUAACGAAAAUGUUGUUUUUAAAGAAACGAACACAAAACAGAAGGCGUUUACAUUUACAGAUAUUGGUCUACACCCAUGGACGCAUUAUGAGUAUAAGAUUCGUGGGUGGAACUCUGUUGGGUACACAGAUAGCCCAUGGAUGGUGGCUCAGACUAGUCAGGCGGCUCCUGGUCAUCUUAUUCCUCCAAAGGUAUUUCACAUUGAUAAUCCCAAUCAAAUCAUUAUCCAGUGGACAAAACCAAGAGAUGAAAAUGGCAAUGUUCUUUAUUUCAGAUUGCAAAAGAACAACCUUACAUUACCUUUUAGCUUUGAUAGUGCAACAUUUAAUUAUACAGACAAAGAUGUUUUGCCUUAUACUGAGUACACAUAUUCAAUAACAGCCUGCACAUUAGGUGGCUGCACCACCAGUAUCCCUACUGCCAUAAAAACUCUAGAAGGGCCACCAAAAUUUGUAAAACCACCUAUUGUUGAGCCUCUCAGUUUCAGUGAGGUCAAUGUGAUUUGGAAUCCACCAUCCGUGUCCAAUGGAGAAAUUACAAAGUACAUCAUUCAAAUAGAUAAUGAGACAUAUUUUGCUGGGAAGAGAUUGUCCAAGUACAUAUCCAACCUAUUACCUUUUACGUUAUAUAACAUCAACUUGGUGGCCUGUACUAGCGGAGGCUGCACAACUAGCUCACAGACUCACUUCCGAACAAUGGAAGCUCCGCCAUCACACAUCAAACCUCCAAUUUUUACAGUCACAAGUGCCCAAUCUAUUAAAAUAUCAUGGCAAAGCCCUGACAAGGCCAAUGGGGAAAUCAGAAAUUAUGAAUUAUAUAGAAAUGACCAGCUAAUUUAUGCUGGCUUGGAUACUCAUUAUCAUGACUUUGGCCUCCAACCUGGGACAGAAUAUACAUAUGUCAUCCAAGCAACGAACAGCAAAGGGAGUUGCUUAAGUAGUCCUUCCAGAAUUAGAACCCACCCAUCUUCACCUUCUGGGAUGGAGCCACCUCAACUACAAGCUGUAAGUGCCCAUGAGAUUCUAGGCACUUGGCAAGCACCUCUGAAGACCAAUGGGGAGAUACUCAACUAUACGCUCUUUGUUCAUCACCCAGCUGAAAUGAAGGUCACACAGUACCAUUUUAACAGUUCAUUUGUUUCUCGGACUGAACAUUCUUUUGUAGUAAAGAAUCUGAACCCAUAUACUCAGUAUGAAGCAAAAGUUGAAGCUUGCACUAUACUAGGAUGUGCUGUAAGUGAAUGGGCAACCAGCCAUACACAAGAGGCUGCUCCAAAUUCCCAGCCCUCCCCUCUAAUAAAUGUCCAGACCCAUGGCCACGCUCCAUUUUUGGCUUGGAAUGGACCACAGUAUCCAAAUGGGAAAAUCCUCCUCUAUGAAGUUUAUCGACGAACAUUGAAUGAUUUACAAGAGGUGACUCCCACAGAACUGGUCUACAAUGGCUCUUCCUUGUCCUUUCAGGACAUGACAUUGCUGCCGUUCACAGAAUAUGAGUAUAAGGUGCAGGCAGUAAAUUCUGCAGGAAAAACCUCCAGCCCCUGGACCCGCUGCCGAACCAACCCAGCUGCCCCAGAAGGGUUAUCCAGCCCUGUAUUCCAUGCAGUGUCUGCUAUAUCCGCUGUGGCAAAUAUAACCCCUCCAACUAAAGCCAACGGUAUAGUGACCUUGUACCGGCUGUUCUCCAGAAAUGAUAAAGGCAUGGACACAGUGCUCUCUGAAGGAACAUCAAACGUACAAGUGAUGUACGGCCUGAAGCCUUUCAGCAACUACUCGGUUGGUGUUGAGGCCUGCACCUGUCUGGCUUGCUGUAGUAAAGGACCCAUCGCUCAACUCACCACUCAUUCAGCUCCGCCCACUAACCAGCGCCCUCCGCUCAUAACACACAAAGCUUCAAGGGCAGUGUCACUGCGGUGGAGCCAGCCGCGGUCACCAAAUGGCAUUAUUCAAAAGUAUGAAGUCCACCAUCAGAUGAUCUGUCCCCCAACCAUUGGUAUGGUUGGAAAUAUGUGUAUCCAUGGCCCACUGGAAGUUAUAUACUCCGGAACAGAGGAAGCCUGCAAUGUUACACACCUCCAGCCCUUCACCACCUACAGUUUCCGUGUUGCCUGCUACAAUUCAGAAGGAAGUGCCACCUCCGAAUGGAUCAACUGCACAACUUUAAAAGAACAGCCGGAAUACAAAGCCAUUUUUAAUGUGUUGAGUAAUAUAACAACAAUAUUUGUGGACUGGCGGCUCAGUUUUCACCUUCAUGGUCUGCUAAAGGAAUUUGUACUAACGGAGAGAGGAGAGCGCCUGUACAGUGGACUGGACACCAGUGUCCACAUCCCGAAGACCUCAGACAAAACAUUUUACUUUCAAGUGAGAUGCACAACAGACAUGGGAAGUGUGAGCACCCCGAUUGUAAAAUAUAACUCAGCCACUGGACUGGCCCCCGCGCACUCAAUUCCUAGCACAAAGAACGGGACGGAGGUGAAAGGAAAGGCUGUCUAUACGGAGAUGUGGUUUAUAAUCCUGAUGGCCUUGCUGGGCUUAUUGCUGUUGGCGAUUUUUCUGUCCCUGGUGCUGCAGAGGAAGCUGACCAAACAGCCGUUCCCAAGGGAGCGUCCUCCACUAGUUCCUCUACAACAGAGGAUGUCGCCGUCAAGUUACUCCGAAAAUGAAACCUACGCGAAACUGUCUGAUAGUCAGCAACUUGCUCUGCCCCCUUCAGCGGUUCAAGCCUCCAACCCCGGCAGUUGUGCUGAAAAUCGACUAGAAAAGGGAAUAUCGGACAUAAAGAUCUCUGGAAUGGAGGCUCACACAAGUCACAACACCAUGGUGGUCAGAAAGACAAGCCAAGGCCAGAUCAGCCACAGUUUUUCACAAAAUUCCUUGUACCGCAGUGCCAGCCAACUGAUCUCUUCCCACGAUAAGAAGUCCAUUUUGGAAGGCUCUAUAUGGGAUAGUGUUAUUCAAGGACAUGAUAGCGGAAUGGGUGUGGAUGAUGAAGAUCUCGUGAGUACCAUAAAAAGCUUUAGUACAGUAACCAAGCAACACACAGCCUUCACCGAUACACCUUUGUAACAGACAACCAAUGAGCCAGAGGUAUGAAGAUACCAUCAUUGUUCUACCAUUGUGAUAUGGAGGUAACCAACGACCAACCAAGGGUUUGGAAGACAGGGCAGGGCCCUGAAAUAUGCUGGUAGUGAAGACAGAUGGAAGCGCACUGGUGACGUCGUAGCAUCUGAACUGUAGACUGCGCACUCAUCUCCGUUGCUGGCCAUGAACUGCUGCUGUUGGUGGUCUUUCCUUUGUCUGGGGUAUAAGCAAAUGUUUGGCUUCCUGUUAGUUGGGGGUAUUCAACUGUAUGUAUUUCUUAAUAUAAUAAAAGUUUUGGGCUGCUUUA